AUGGUCAACAGCAAGUAUGGUCCAUGUGUUGAUAGACUUAUAAGAACUGAAGCUAACGUGAUCGAAAAUUCAUGUCCUGCAGAAAUGAGAAGCUGCAUAUCAUUGAUUACGAUCCUCCUCCUCUGCGGAAUUCUAUUGAUGAAUACUGCAGAUGUUUUGUCGGACCCUCAAACCAAGUUGUUAAAGCAAGUUUGCAGUCAGUUUAAGAUUGGUGUCAACAUGUCAGAUUUUUUAAGCAAUUUUAACAAAACCUUUUUAGACAUUAGGGAACAGAUGUCUAAUAACCGCAGCAUUCACUUUGCGACUGCAGAACAUACAAAUUUGUAUGGGAUGGUCCAAUGCAGGAAUUAUCUUUCCCAUGGGGAUUGUGUUGCUUGCCUUGAUGCUGCCUCCUCUCAAGUCAGAAAAAAUUGUUCUACUGCUAAUGGUGGUCAGGUCAUAUACGAAGGCUGUUUCCUCAGGUAUGAGACGCGCUAUUUCUUCACUUUGAGUCCACUGGAUACAUUUGGAUCCUUUGGUAAGCUAUGCAGCACCAGCAAGAGUAUAUAUGAGGCCACCUCUUUUACUCCAGCAGUGACAGGAUUAAUAACAGAUCUUGUUGAGGCCACACCGAAGAUAAAAGGCUUCUUUUCAGUGACAAAAAGGCCAGUUUUUUAUGGUAGUCGGAUGUCCACUGUUAAUGCUGUUGCACAAUGUAUUGAAACAAUAAGCCAGAAGGAUUGCCAUAAUUGCUUGAAAUCUGGUUACAUGAACAUACAAAGCUGUCCUCCUGCUUCGGAGGGAAGUUCUCUUGAUGCCAAUUGCUUCCUCAGAUACUCAGAUACCACGUUUUUUUCUGAUAACAGCACAAUAGAUCUCACGGCCUAUCUGAGGGAAGGAUCUUCAAGUUCAAAGACAGCUAUUAUUGGGGGUGCAGUUGGUGGUUUAUGCCUUCUGCUCGUACUUGCCGCGCUUUUCUAUUAUCAAUUAGUAAGAAAGCCAUAUAUAGCUAGACAAGGUAUUUACGAAGACUAA